CCAGAAUUUAAUUUGCUGUGGCUCAAAGGCUGCUGGGAAAUUUGGCUUUCAGGAAGCAGCAUGAGCCACUAAAUAAAUAAGUUGCCGUUACACCAGAAUUAGCAGGUUGGCGGGCGGAAUAACGUUAGCGAAGUUGCCAGGAAGAUUCACUCAACCUGCAUGCGUCUUCAAUCAUGCAGAAGGACAUAAGCUCCGUGAUGUCCUGGUUCUCCAGCCCCGUGUACAGCCGCUACUGGCAGCACUACCAGCAGGCUAUGGCCUGGCACCAGAGGCACGGGCGAGCCUACCGAAAGGCCUUGGAGGCGGCCUACGGCUACAGCCAGGAGGAGCGGUAUCCCAGCAGCCACCAGCAGCGCUACGCUGACUGGAACGCAGGAGAGGAAGACGACGGCGAGGACGGGGACGAGGAGAGCGGCUCGGACAGCGAGAUCGAGUGCGACGUCAGCAACAUGGAGAUCAGCGAGGAGCUUCGGCAGUACUUCGCCCAGACAGAGAAACACAGAGAGGAGCUGAAGAAGCAGCAGCAGUUGGAGGCCGAGCAGCACGAGCGCUACGUGCCGGCCGACCAGGACCUGCGCGGCGCCUCCUGGCGAAGUAGCAUGGCCCCUCCCUUGGAGCGACCGGGCGAAAGACGCGGCGCUGAGAUGAAGAAGCUGUACGGCAGGGACGCCGCCAAGAUCCUGGCCAUGGAGGCGGCAAUGCAGCUCAAUUUCGACAGGAACUGUGACCUCAAACAGCCCAAGUACUGGCCUGUUAUUCCACUGAAACUGUGACGGCUGCGGGCUGUGAACGCUUUGAUUUGGAGGAAAUCCCUUCCCUGAUCUCUUGGUGAGACAGCAGCUUUGUCGUGUAAUGGAUUGUGGCUGCUGAUGGAGAACUAAUGGUGUCGCUUAGCUGAGGGUUACGAGUUAUUUUAAGCACAAAAAAAAGUUGCAUAAAUUAGCCGAGCUUCUGCUUCGACAGACGCGAAUGUUACUGACCUGUCAGCGGCCCUGCUCUAAAUGAAAACGUAUGAUUUUUUUUUUUUUUUUUAAUGCUACAUAUAACAUUGGAUUUCUUUGUUGCUUUACACGUUUACAGAAGUUUAUUUUUAACUCCGGAUCAAGCAAGCAACACUACCGUUUAUCCAAGAGACUGCAUGGUUUGUACAUGGUCCUUCCAAAGUUGGUUUUGACAGAUUUUCUGGACGAAAACUGAGAAUCACCAAGAAUAAAAGUGAAUGUGCCUGCAUGUAACCUCCUAAUGUGUUUCUGUGUACCCUCUAGCUGGGUGGUGAUGCAUGCGGCAGGAGCUCCUCUUAUGCUUAUCAACUUGGUCUAACCACAAAACCAUUUCCAACCCCCCCCUUUUCCUCUGUUCAGAUUUAGAAGUGCUCCCGCAUCACUGCAUCUGAUAUUCCACAUUUCAACAAACCCACACGGAGAGUGAUUUUGUUUUUGUCGUUUUCUAAACUGUGCCUCUCUGGUUCUGACGUUUCACCGGGUUCAAAGCUGCUCACGUGGUUUCUCAGGAGGGUCGUUGACUAUUCUCUUUUAUCUUGUGCUUGCACCACCCAGCACCCCACUUUUUAGACUGAAGGAUGUGUAUUUUAAUAUGAUUCUGUUUUCAAUAAAGUGUACCCAGUCUGGAUUAAACCUG